GAUGCGGAGCAGGACCAAAGGCGAUCUUUUUUAGUGUCAUGCUGGAGGAGCAAAAAGACACACAGAGAGCUUGAGAUGCGAUGAAAGGAGCCAUUCACAUCUUCCCACGAGAGAGAAAGAGACAGAAGCGAGGAUAGAGAAGCUCUGGUUCACUUCUCAAUGAUAACAGAUAUCAUGAUGACAUCCCUGUGUAGGGGCACAACCAGGCAGCCCAAGGAAGGAGAGGUCCCGGGGGUGGAUUAUAAUUUCGUGACUGUUGACCGGUUUGUGGAAUUGGAGAAAAGCGGAGCCCUGCUAGAGAGCGGAACAUAUGAAGAUAACUUUUACGGGACCCCGAAGCCUCCGGCCGAGCCCAGCGCUCUGCUGCUAAAUGUAACGGACCAGCUGCUGCCGGGCGCCAGACCCACCUCCGAGGGCAAGAGGAAGCGUAACAAGUCGGUGAGCAACAUGGAGAGCAGCAUCGAGCCCCCUGAGGAGGAGGAGGAAGAGAGACCCGUCGUCAACGGCAACGGUGUAGCUGUCACCCCAGAGUCGAGUGAACAUGAGGACAAGAGUACAGACGCCUCGGGGGACAUCGCCUCACAGAGUGUCCCAGCAGAGGCUCCAGCAGAGGAGCCCAAAGACGACGGUCAGUCCCCGGAAAUAACCCUCCUCAAACCAGAGGAGAACGACGAGCUAGGGCUGCUGCCGGACAACUGGGAGAUGGCAUACACCGAGAAAGGAGAAGUCUACUUCAUCGACCACAACACCAAGACAACAUCGUGGCUGGACCCGAGGCUAGCCAAGAAGGCAAAGCCGCCUGAGGAAUGCAAAGAAGAUGAGCUUCCGUACGGCUGGGAGAAAAUCGAUGACCCCAUUUACGGCAGCUACUAUGUUGACCAUAUAAAUAGAAGGACCCAGUUUGAGAAUCCCGUCCUGGAGGCUAAAAGGAGAGUUCAGCAGCAGCAGCAGAUGCAAAGCCAGGGUCUGUCCUCACUGCCCCUCCCCACCAUCUACAGAGAGAAGCCGCUGUUCACGCGGGACCCCACUCAGCUGAAAGGCAGUUUCUUGUCCACGGCACUCCAAAAGAGCAACAUGGGCUUCGGCUUCACUAUCAUCGGGGGUGAUGAGCCUGAUGAAUUCCUCCAGGUGAAGAGCGUGAUCCCCGAUGGCCCUGCCGCAGCUGACGCGAAGAUGGUCACAGGUGAUGUCAUUGUCUACAUCAACGAUGUGUGCGUCCUGGGCACCACCCACGCCGACGUGGUCAAACUCUUCCAGUCGGUUCCGAUUGGCCAAAGCGUCACACUGGUCCUCUGUCGUGGCUACCCUCUGCCCUACGACCCAGAGGAGGCCGGCAACACCAACAACACCACCACCACCAUCAUCUCCCCGCUGGGCAUCAUGGAGCAGCGGCCCCUCAUGGUGAACGGCAGGACGGGCUACGACAACUACCUGGACUAUCUGUCCCGCACGGCCCGUUUUGUCACGGACCCCGGCCAGGACCAGGUCAACGCCCAGCUGCUCACCCCUCACCCGGGGGACACUCACCUAGACGGCUCGCUGCCUCCCACCACCGGGACCACACCUCCCGACAGCGUCUCCAUGGCGUCGUCAGGAGCGACCCAGGGGGAACUACUGACCCUGACCAUGGUGAAGGGCGGGGAAGGUUUUGGCUUCACUAUAGCGGACAGUGCUACGGGCCAGAGGGUCAAACAGGUGCUGGAGCCUCAGGGCUGCCCGGGCCUCUGCGAGGGGGAUCUGAUUGUGGAGAUUAACAAGCAACACGUGCAGGGAUUGGUUCACACACAGGUGGUGGAGCUGCUGAAGGAGUGUGCCGUGGGAGCUGAGACCAUCCUGGUGAUUCAGAGAGGGGGAACAGGUCACUAUUCACCCUGGAAGACCCCCAAGCAGGUGCUGGAGCAGUGGGAGUCCCAGCAGGGCCAGGGCAGCCCCGCUCAGACCAGCCUGUCAGCCCCAGUUAUCCCCCACAACGCCCCCUUCCCAACACACCAUCUUCACAGGGCCUCGGUCCCAGACUCAGCCUCCGAGGCCCUGGCUAAACCUGACCCCUUUGACCUUUAUGAGAAGUCCAGGGCAAUCUAUGAGAGUAGGCAACCCGGGCAACCAAGGACCAUUUUCCCUGUGGACUCCUCAGGAGUGGAGUUCCAGGACAUGGAGGUGCACCUGCGCAGACAGAAGUCCGGUUUUGGUUUCAGGGUGCUGGGCGGGGACGAGGCGGGGCAGCCUGUGAGUCCGGAGGCGUGUGAGAAGAUCUUGAUAGGGGCGAUCAUCGAGAAGAGUCCAGCAGAUUUAGAUGGACGCCUGCGGCCCGGAGACGAGCUGUUGUUUGUGGACGGGAUCCCGGUGGUGGGGAAGCCGCACAGAUACGUCAUUGACUUGAUGCACGGGGCGGCGAGGAACGGCCAGGUGAAUCUGGUGAUCAGGAGGAGGGGGCAGGCAGCAGGUGAGUCUUGUCCAGAAAAUGGCCGCAGCCCGGGCUCCGUCUCCACGCAGCACAGCUCCCCACGCAGCACCGACUUCACCUACGCCAACAGCAUCAACCAGACCCCCAACGCCACCUCAGACAGUACGUCGACCCCCAACACGCAACCCAGUGACGUCAUCAUCAACCGAAAGGAGAGCGAAGGCUUCGGCUUCGUCAUCAUCAGCUCGCUAAACAGGCCCGAGGUGUCCAGCAACAACCCUGUGCCUCAUAAAAUUGGCCGCAUCAUCGAGGGCAGCCCUGCCGACCGCUGCGGGAAGCUGAAGGUGGGAGACAGGAUCCUGGCAGUGAACAGCCAGUCCAUCGUCAACAUGCCGCACGCUGACAUCGUUAAGCUGAUCAAGGACGCGGGCCUCAGCGUCAGCCUAAGGAUCAUCCCGCAGGAAGAGAUCAGCAACCCCCCCUCAGCCCCCAGCUCAGAGAAGCAGAGCCCCAUGGCGGUGCAGCACAGCCCGAAGACCCCGCCGGCCCCCGCCGCCUCGCAGCCCAACGCCGCGGCCCCGGACCCCAACCCUCCUGUCAGCCAGCCCAACCCCGCGCCCCACCAGAGCCCCGUCACCCAGCUGCCCGCCCCCCCACCUCCGACCUACACCCACGAGAGCAGUUACAGGUCCGAAGUGAAGGCGAGGCAAGAUGUUAAACCGGACAUCAGACAGCCGCCGUUCACGGAUUACCGACAGCCUCCGGUGGAUUACCGGCACCCCCCUGUGGCAGACUACAGGCAGCCCCCCACACUGGAGUACAGACACCCCCCACUGCUCGAUUACAGACAACUAGCUACUGACACACGGACGUUCGCCAUGCCAGACUACCGGAUGCCUCCAGUUCAGCUGGCGCAGGACUUCGACUUCUUCACAGUGGAGCUGGAUAAAAGCGUGAAAGGCUUCGGUUUCAGCAUCCGCGGAGGCCGGGAGUACAAGAUGGACCUGUUCGUCCUGCGGCUGGCAGAGGACGGGCCGGCCAUCCGGAACGGGAGGAUGAGGGUUGGGGACCAAAUCAUUGAGAUCAACGGAGAGACCACGAGGGACAUGAGCCACGCCCGGGCCAUCGAGCUGAUCAAGUCCGGGGGGCGGCGCGUCCGCCUCCUCCUGAAGAGGGGCACGGGGCAGGUCCCAGAGUAUGAUAAUGCCGCCCCAUGGGAUGCUCGCCCUUCAGCCUCCCCAAGCCUGUCGGAAGUAGCCCCUCCCAUCGACAGCCUCUCCAUGCCAUCGCCUUCAUCUCAUCUGGCCCCCGACCCCCCUCACCUGUCGCCUCUGGACGUCCCGCGAGACCCGGUCGGCAAGACGGAGCGACCGAAGAGCCCCCAGAAGGCCGAGCUGCCCAACCAGGAUCUGACCAGCCAGGGGAGGAGAGGGAGCAGCAGAGCCAAGAAGGAGGGUGGCAGGUCCACCCACAAGGGGCCCAGGGGCCCGCAGACUACUGAGGGGGAGGGGAGCGGGGAGCCCAAACCCUCCAGGAGCACCAGAGGGAGAUCCAAGGAGAGAAACCUCCAGAGAGAGUCCACCGAGUCUCCACAGCUCCCACACACUAACGGGACCAGCAGGGGGGAUGUGGAGCGGUACGGGGGGUUGCAGCAGGGGGAGUCUGAGAGGAGCCUGGGAGAGAGCCGGCCCAGUCUGCCCCAAAAGAGCAGCAGCGCGGCGGGGAGGAAGGCCACGGUCUCCCCCGGGCCCUGGAAGAUCCCCGGCUCAGACAAGCUGCCCAGCACGCUGCGCACAGGCACCUCCACCCUGAGCAGGUAACCCCCCGGCCCCCCGCAGGAUACACCCACCUGACCCCUCCUCACUUCCUGCCCCCCGUCAGCCCCCCUCCACUCCAUCCCAAUCUCCAGAGACAAAACCACGGGGGGUGCAGGGUGAUCUGGACCACGUGUUUUUAGAGUUUUAUUUAUGAUAUUGUACUCUAAAUUAUUUUGAGAAAUAUUUUACACCAACCACCUUAAGAACUGGAAAACCAUCCACUUUAUAUAAAAAAUAAUAAUAUGGAAGAGCAAGUAGAAUGUGGGAAGAAUCACAAACUUUAAAGAACUCCCUGAGAAGAACAUGCAAAUAAAAACAACUGGCAGGAGGAAACUGUCAGCUGUGAUGGGAUUUUUUUAUAAAUAUAUAUCUUCAAAACGGAAUCUGUUUUAUGGAAUGUUACAGAGAAGGUUUGCCUGUUUUUGACGAGAGCGAAUGGAACAAAGAGUGACAGCGGAGAUGAGAUCUACUCAUCGACAGAACUUUGCCUUAAAGGAGAGACUGUGGGCCUGGACCUAUCAGAAGAUUAUAGACAAAGAUAUAUUAUAAUGAAUAUGUGGGAUCAUUUUGUAAAUAAGAUCAUCUUUAAGUGAAUUGAGCUGGAUGGAAGUGGAUUCUAGUCCGCGCUAAACCACGAGCUACAUGGACGGAUGUGAUGCAGGUCGGGCUCUCGGCUGCAGUUCUCCGUUUUCUUUGCGCUUGAAUCAUCCCGAGUUCAGUGGGGAUGUCUUGUCAAUCCAUUUUUCUCAUUUCUGUGCUAAACGAAAAAAGCAAUCCGUGACGGCGGUGUCCAGCCGGACGCUGAGAGGAAGGAGCUCGCAGGACAGCGACCGAGGGGCAGAGUGCCUUAGACUGAGACAGAGUGGCUUUUAGGUCAAAGGUCAAACUCCAAACCACUUAAGAGGGUUCAAAACAGGCUGCUAUACAACACCAACUCUACAGAUAUGAAUAAUUAACUGUAUUUUUUCAGAUACGAGUGUGAUACAGUGAAAUAUAUAACUUAUUUCACAAGCUUAUGUAUGAAAACCAAGUCCAUAAUCAGAACUGUUGACUUUAUUUGUGGUUCAUUUUGCAUCAUGACAGUUUUCAUUACUGAUUUUUUUUGGACACCGUGUUCAAACGUCAGUACAGAGCAGGGCUUUGCACCCAAACCAAACUAAAGUACUAAGAUCUGACGUGGUCUGAAGCUCGCUCACCUAACAAUCUGAGUGAAUGAGAGUGCUCCAUUCUGAAUAUGAAGCCUUUCUAUCGUUUCCUGAUCGAAUGAUGAGAGGAUGCACCUGUCGCAGCGACUUUCAGUGAAUGACUAAGAUUAGUUUUUGGUGAUCCUUUCUACACUGUGUCAAAUGAACAUCUACAUGCCAAAGCUCCCUGUAGAUCAGAAACAUGUUCAGCUCACACACCUGCUCCAGAACUGGACUUAUUUGAAGGUCUUAUUUCCUUGUUUACAUUUUUAUACUACCUAAAAAUUGACAAUUUGCUAAGCCCUGUCCCCCUGUUGCUAUGCCUGUCAAGUGUUCCAUUCUGGCACGACACAUUUAAUAACAGUAGCCGAUUACCAACGUUUUUCUACCCAGUUUUAAUAAACUUGGUCCAUGACUUUGCACAGAAGUAAACAAAAGCAGCUUCUCAUUUCUCGCAACACGCUGUCACUUGCCUGUAUUAUCAGCUGUAGCUACCUUUUGAAGCUAAUAUGAGGCUCUAUGAGUUGGUGGGAAACUGUCUCUGGCUGGCUCUUUUUUGCUGCUGACUUAUUUUAAACAAGAAUCUUGCAAAAAACGUGACUUCAAAGCUUCAUACUUGAGCUAAUAGUGGAUAAUGCUAUAUGUCACAAGGGGAACAUCAUUUGUGGAUAAUUUGUGUCGGUUAUUGCCGGGUAGAGCCUAUUAGUGCUAGUAUUUAAGAUGUAAAAAAUCGACAUGUGGUCACAUAGUCAAAUCCAAUGAAAAACAGGACAGCUGCUAACGUUGGUAAAGAAUAAUAGAAUACAAACAUUAACUCUUUAAAUGCUGAGUAUUGCUCUACAGCCUCAUGCUCAUUGCUUCACAUUUUGUAGAAAUCCAAAGCUUGAUGCUAAGCUGUGAUUGAACACUUUAUGUUCGGGGGAAGGGGAUUUUACGCAAAUUGUCAAUUUUGAGAUCAACAAAUCAGCCACAGCGAGGGAAACAUUUCCUCUGAAUUAUCCAACCCUCACAGAGUCAUAAUACCAGAGCAGAGCUCUCCUCCCUGUGCUGGGGGAAGUGCAAACAGUGUUUAAAGAAUAAAAGAACAAACGGAGACAAGUCAUUAUGUUUGCCAUUGUGAUCGGUAAUUACAUAAAGAAUAAGCCGAGUGACUUUAAAGCACAAUCUCUCACAGAGGCUUUGAGAAAGAUUAGGAGAAAAUCAGCAGCCAGACCUGCAGUCACAUGUAGAGGCUGUGCAGAGGACGAAAUCACACAAGACCAACUCACUUUAACAUUCAAAAUAUGCCUCCACACUGAAUCAUUAUGCCAUAUUUGACCAGACUUCUUCUUUAUUUUCAGUUGAAAUGUAAAAAGAAUGCAUAUUUUUGCUCAACCUUUGCACAACUCACUGCUUUGAACAUCUGAGCUGUCUCCAUUCAGCCAAAUUGUAAGUAGUUUGCUAUGGAAAGCAAAAACAAACAAAAAAAAAACAUCCAGAAGUGUAAAAGUGUGUGUGUGUGGAAACAACACACCACACCCCGCGGCUCGGUAUCACUGUGUAGUGUUAUAGCAGUGUAUAGACCCUGAACAAAUAUCUCUAUAAAUAUGACUCCGUGUACUAUUGAUGGUCACAAAGACUGUAAGUGGAGCAACUAUUUUUAUGAAAUGCAACACUAUGGAUAUAUUAACUUUUGCAAAAAUCUUGUUUACCUGUAUGAUACUCUGAAAAGCUGUCAAAAUAAAAUAAAAUCUUGACACAA